UUCUAUGAAAACACCCGGUGGCGGGCGGCGAGGGAUCCGCCGUGCGUCCAGCGAGCAGCCGCCGGCCCUGCCUGCGCCGAGCCAGGUGGUGCGGCUCUGCCCACUCCCUGCCAGCUGCCCCUCCUAAGCCCACGAUUAUCUGCAAUGGUGAAAUGAAGUAACUCAAGAUGAGCAAGUUAAAAGUGGUAUCAGAUAAAAGCCUUACCAAUAACUCUCGGGUUGUCGGACUCCUCGCUCAGCUGGAGAAGAUCAGUACUGAACCUACAGAAUCAGAUACUGCCAGAUAUGUUACAUCAAAAAUUCUUCAUCUGGCUCAAAGUCAAGAAAAAAUAAGGAGAGAAAUGACAGCCAAAGGUUCUACAGGAAUGGAAGUUCUGCUCUCAACAUUAGAGAACACGAAAGAUCUUCAAACUACACUUAAUAUCUUAAGCAUUCUUGUUGAGCUGGUGUCAGCUGGUGGAGGUCGAAGAGCUAGUUUCUUAGUUGCCAAAGGUGGCUCACAAAUAUUGUUACAGUUACUUAUGAAUGCCAGCAAAGACUCUCCCCCAAAUGAGGAGUUAAUGGUGCAGAUUCAUUCUAUUCUUGCAAAGAUUGGACCAAAAGACAAAAAAUUUGGAGUGAAGGCUAGAAUUAAUGGAACUCUGAAUAUAACCCUGAACUUGGUCAAACAGAAUUUGCAGAAUCAUCGCCUGGUUUUGCCUUGUCUUCAGCUUUUACGAGUAUAUUCUGCAAACUCUGUGAAUUCAGUAUCCUUAGGGAAAAAUGGAGUUGUGGAACUGAUGUUUAAAACCAUCGGACCAUUUAGUAAGAAGAAUUCGGGUCUUAUGAAGGUUGCUUUAGACACUCUUGCUGCAUUGCUAAAAUCAAAAACAAAUGCCAGGAGAGCUGUAGACAGAGGAUAUGUCCAAGUCCUUUUAACAAUUUAUGUAGAUUGGCACCGCCAUGACAAUCGGCAUAGAAACAUGCUCAUUCGGAAAGGAAUUUUACAGAGUUUAAAAAGUGUUACAAAUAUCAAGUUGGGAAGAAAAGCAUUUAUUGAUGCCAAUGGGAUGAAGAUUCUCUAUAACACUUCACAAGAAUGUUUGGCAGUCAGGACCCUUGAUCCUCUUGUCAACAUCUCCAGUCUGAUAAUGAGGAAGUGUUUUCCUAAAAAUCGCCUGCCACUGCCAACGAUUAAAAGUUCUUUCCAAUUCCAAUUGCCAGUUAUUCCUAUGACUGGACCUGUGGCUCAGCUCUACAGUUUACCCCCCGAAGUGGAUGACGUAGUAGAUGAAAGUGAUGACAACGAUGAUAUUGAUUUAGAGGCUGAAAAUGAAACUGAAAAUGAAGAUGACCUAGAUCAAAAUUUUAAGAAUGAUGAUAUUGAAACAGAUAUUAACAAACUAAAACCCCAGCAAGAACCAGGACGAACGAUAGAAGAACUUAAAAUGUAUGAACACCUUUUCCCUGAGCUUGUUGAUGAUUUUCAGGACUAUGAUUUAAUCUCCAAAGAACCAAAGCCUUUAGUAUUUGAGGGAAAAGUACGUGGUCCAAUUGUUGUGCCUACAGCAGGAGAGGAAGCAGCUGGGAAUUCAGGCAAUUUCAGAAAAGGAGUUGUAAUGAAGGAGAAUGUGUCUCCCCUGGGAGAUGAAGGUGAUAAGAAACCUAGCUUUAUGGAUCUGGCAAAAGAAGAUAUUAAAGAUAAUGACAGAACAUUACAGCAACAGCUAGCUCCAGGUUUUACUGCAGGAAUGAAGAAGGACUACAGCCUCCCUCUUACCGUAGUUACAUGCUCUAAAGCAUGCCCACACGUGGCUGCUUGUGGAAGUGUUCUGUUUGAGGGGAGAACAGUUCAGCUGGGGAAGCUUUGCUGCACUGGAGUCGAAAUCGAGGAUGACGAAGAUACUGAGUCUGCUUCAUCAGUGGAACAAGUAUCAGUUGAAGUCUCUGAUGGACCAACACUCCAUGACUCAGACCUCUACAUUGAGAUUGUGAAAAAUACGAAGUCUGUCCCAGAAUAUUCAGAGGUGGCUUAUCCUGAUUAUUUUGGUCACAUUCCGCCUCCGUUCAAAGAGCCGAUUUUAGAAAGGCCUUAUGGUGUACAAAGGACAAAAAUUGCCCAAGAUAUUGAGAGGCUAAUACAUCAGAGUGAUAUCAUAGAUCGAGUGGUGUAUGACUUAGAUAACCCAAAUUACAUCGCUCCAGAAGAAGGAGAUAUUUUGAAGUUUAACUCCAAAUUUGAAUCUGGGAAUCUGCGCAAAGUAAUUCAAAUUCGAAAAAAUGAAUAUGAUCUUAUUCUGAACUCGGAUAUAAAUAGUAACCAUUAUCAUCAGUGGUUUUACUUUGAAGUCAGUGGAAUGCGGCCAGGUGUUGCUUACAGGUUUAACAUCAUUAACUGUGAAAAGUCCAACAGUCAGUUUAAUUAUGGUAUGCAACCACUCAUGUAUUCAGUUCAGGAAGCGUUAAAUGCCAGACCAUGGUGGACUCGUGUGGGGACGGACAUUUGUUACUAUAAAAAUCACUUCUCAAGAAGUUCAGUUGCUGCAGGUGGGCAAAAGGGAAAAUCCUACUAUACAAUGACAUUCACUGUCAAUUUCCCACACAAAGAUGAUGUUUGCUACUUUGCUUAUCACUAUCCAUAUACGUACUCAACUUUACAGAUGCAUCUUCAAAAAUUGGAAUCAGCGCACAACCCUCAGCAAAUCUAUUUUCGAAGAGAUGUGUUAUGUGAAACCCUGUCUGGAAACAGCUGUCCCCUGGUGACUAUAACAGCAAUGCCAGAGUCUAAUUAUUAUGAACAUAUCUGUCAAUUCAGAAAUCGCCCUUACGUUUUCUUAUCUGCUCGGGUACAUCCUGGAGAAACUAAUGCAAGUUGGGUAAUGAAAGGAACAUUGGAGUAUCUCAUGAGUAAUAGCCCUACUGCUCAGAGCUUACGAGAAUGCUAUAUUUUUAAAAUUGUCCCUAUGCUAAAUCCAGAUGGUGUCAUCAAUGGAAAUCACCGCUGUUCUUUAAGUGGAGAGGAUUUGAACAGACAGUGGCAGAGUCCAAAUCCCGAUUUGCAUCCUACAAUUUACCAUGCGAAGGGGCUGCUGCAGUACCUGGCUGCAGUAAAGCGCCUACCACUGGUUUAUUGUGAUUAUCAUGGCCACUCCCGAAAGAAGAAUGUAUUUAUGUAUGGCUGCAGCAUCAAGGAGACAGUGUGGCAUACCAAUAAUAAUGCAAGUUCCUGUGAUGUCGUGGAAGAUGUGGGAUACAGGACUUUGCCUAAGAUACUGAGCCAUAUUGCCCCAGCAUUUUGCAUGAGUAGCUGUAGCUUCGUAGUGGAAAAAUCUAAAGAAUCCACAGCACGUGUUGUGGUUUGGAGGGAGAUAGGAGUACAAAGAAGCUAUACCAUGGAGAGUACUUUGUGUGGCUGUGAUCAGGGAAAAUAUAAGGGCUUGCAGAUUGGUACUCGAGAAUUGGAAGAGAUGGGAGCAAAAUUUUGUGUUGGUCUAUUGCGUUUAAAAAGACUGACAUCCCCAUUGGAAUAUAGUCUGCCUUCUAGCCUGCUUGACUUUGAAAAUGACUUGAUUGAAUCAAGCUGCAAAGUAACUAGCCCUACCACUUAUGUUUUGGAUGAAGAUGAACCUCGAUUCCUCGAAGAAGUUGAUUACAGUGCCGAGAGUAACGAUGAGUUAGAUAUUGAAUUAGCUGAAAGUGCAGAUUAUGAAACUUCUACUCAAGAAGAAGUAUUUUCUGACUCUGAUUCAUCCAGAACAUUCCUACCGUGAGCCCUCUGCCGUCUCUUGUAAAUGCAAAGAAGAAAUGAACUAUCUUGAUUUUUAUUACAUGUGAAGUUUGGAAGAAAUGAGUUUAUAGAGAGCUGACUCGUAAAGAUAAAAAGAAACUUGGGCCUGUUUGGUUUCAAGACAAUAAAUAUGUUAUUAAUUCAUGAUAAAAUUGGCACUUGUUUUAUUUUAGCUAUUCAAUGCACUUUAUAUAGCAUUGAAUCAUCAAGUAUUGGAUUUAUGUUUUUAAAGGAAAACCUGAGUAUCAUUGCAUGAAUUUUUAUUUCCUUAUGGUGAUAUCCUGCAUCAGAUGGAUAAUUCUGAAGUGUGUGAGAACAUAAAAUCUAAAUUCUAGAGUUGUUGAGAAUCCUGAGCUUUUGAGAACUAAUAUAUAUGUACAUGGAUGUCUAUAGAUGUGUCUGUGUAGGGAGGGUGGGUAGAUAUUGAAGAUAAGACUGUUCUUCUGAAUCAUGUUAACUGUUGAGCUGUGAUUGAAUAAUCCAGAGUUUGCCUUGAAACCAUUACAUUCUACAUUUACCAAA